GGCGCAUCUCUGCAAAGCGGUGCGCUUCUGGGCCAGGGCAGCCGCAAUGAGGUCCUCAAUGCUGCCCUCUGAGGCUCGGGACUUUAUGUUCUAAGGACACAGAAGCCGUUUAGGAGAACUUAGAAGCUGAUGUCUCUUCAGAUCCUCUAGAAAUCGCUUCUUGCACAGGAUCCCAGAAGGAAGGAACAAGGUGGACUUGGCUGAACCUGGAAAUUUGGAAGCAGAGGAGCCCUUGAGAAUCCCCUAUGCAGGCGGUGGAUCGUACUGUUGCUCCUGAAAGAGGAGGAAGGGGAGAUCCUUUUGCGCACUGAGCCCAGAAGCCACAUGGAACAGGACGACGUGCCUGCAGCAGAUGUAGCCCCUCUGCCCCGCGGGAAGGGAGAGCGCCCUUACCCCUGCAGUGAAUGUGGGAAGGCAUUCAGCCAGUGGUCCAAGCUAGUGCGCCACCGGCGUAUCCAUACAGGCGAGCGUCCCAACACGUGUACGGACUGCGGCAAGUCCUUCACGCAGAGCUCCCACCUGGUUCAGCACCGGCGGACACACACGGGUGAAAAGCCUUAUGUCUGCCAUGACUGCGGCAAGGCCUUCUCCUGGAGCUCCAACCUGGCCCAGCAUCAGCGCACCCACACUGGGGAAAAGCCUUAUGUCUGCCGGGAGUGCGGCAAGGCGUUCUCCCAGAGCACCAACCUCAUCAAGCAUCAGCGCAGCCACACUGGCGAGAAGCCGUACCGUUGUCCGGAGUGCCCCAAAAGUUUCUACCGCUCUUCUGACCUCAUUCAGCACCAGAUCACGCACACCGGCGAGCGCCCCUUCAAGUGCGAGGAGUGCGGGAAAGGGUUCACCCAGAGCGCCAACCUGGUCAAACAUCGUAAGAUCCACGCUGGAGAGAAACCCUUCCGUUGCAAUGACUGCGGCAAGACCUUCAUCCAAAGCUCAGAGCUCAUCCAGCACCAGCGGACCCACUCGGGGGAGAAGCCCUACCAGUGCCAGGAAUGUGGCAAACGCUUUGGCCACGGUGCCACCCUCGUCAAACACCAGCGGCUUCACAUGGGAGUGGAGCCCUAUUGCUGUGCAGACUGUGGCAAGACUUUUGGGCUCAGCUCCGCCUUGGAACGCCACCGACGGUGCCACAGCGAAAGCCGCCCGUACGCUUGCGGGGAAUGUGGCCAGAGUUUCUCCUUGGCCUCCAAUCUUACUUUGCACUCUCGUAUCCACCGGGGUGAGAAGCCGUACCGCUGUGCCGACUGUGGCAAGUGCUUUGGCAUGAGCUCCACUCUCAUCCGCCACCAGCGUAUCCACACGGGCGAGAAGCCUUAUGCGUGUUUGGACUGUGGGAAGGCGUUUGUCCGGAGCUCGCACCUCACCCAGCACCGUCGAACGCACACAGGCGAACGGCCGUAUCAUUGUGAGGAAUGUGGCCGGCGUUUCUCCCAGAGCUCCAACCUCAUCACCCACCAGCGCAUCCACAUGGAGGAGCGCCCCCAUGUCUGCCAUGGCUGUGGGCAGCGUUUUGCCCUGGAGGAGGAACUGCAGCGCCACCAGCAGGAAGAGAAUGGGAAGUGCAAGGGGAAAGGAGAUGCCAGAGAACCGGAGAGCAGCGUUUCUCAUGCAGGGGACCUGUAUGUCAGCAGCCCUGAGGAUGCCCACGUGCAAACGGUUUGUCAGAACAGCGCAACGUGUGCCACUUGCUGUCUAGAUUGCAAAGGUGCUGGAGAAGGGGGGCAGCAUCCGAGCUGCCAUGCUGCUCAUCUUUGUAAUAUUUGUGGGCAGACCUUCCGAGAUGUUGAAACAUUAGUGCAACACGAAGAGAGUCACACUUCUUAUAUCUGCACUGAGUGUGGGAGGAGCUUUGACGAUGCUAGUACCUUAGCUUGCCAUCAGGAGGAUCAUGAAUCUUGGAUAUGUGGCACAUGUGGACAGGAGUGCCAGGAUAGCGUGGCCUUGGUUCAGCACGAAGAAACCCAUUCGCUGCCAAUCAGUAGGGCGUUUAGAGAGAAAUUGGUGGACAGCAAGACAGGUGGGCAGCAGGAGAGAAGCGGGAAGGGCAGGGAAAAUGUGAAACGUUUAUUGGUACAGGAAUCCCCCGAGGUUCUGCCGUGUGUCAAUUCCAAAGUAGUGGGGUGCGUCCUCACGCAGUCAGAGGACGUGCAAGUAGCUUGGGUCUGUCCUGAGUGUGGAAAAAGCUGCAAGGAUAACCCAACACUAGGCAGUCAUCCGCAGAGUCACGGGAGACCUCUUGCCUGCUCUGCACAUGGGGGCGGUGAGGUCACCCCCAGGCCGGAGAAACUGUACAAAUGCCCUGAGUGUCAGCAGGAUUUUAGAGACCUGUUGGCCCUGACUUGCCACCAGAGGGAGCAGAAGUGUGGGGAGCUGGAUCCGUGUGUCGAGUGUGAUCAGGCUUUUGUGGACACCACAGCCCUCACGCUCCACCAGAACAGCCACCUGGGGGACAAAGCGCAUGGGUGUCUUAAAUCCAAAGAAACUUCUAGUCCUGAAUUAGAUAUUGCUGUGCAUCAGAAGAAUCAGACUGAGGAGUCUUCUGAUACAGCUCUUACUGAGCCUCAGAAAGUCUUCCCCAGAGAAGAGCCUUCCAAUGAAAGUGCUCUCUCUAGCUUCAGUCAGGGAAAACCACUGGAAGAUCAGCUGUUCAGUGACCCCUUAGGACUUUCUGCACACCAAGGAACCAACACAGACGUCAACACUUCUGACAGUAAACCUCAGAGAAUCCCUGUGGAAGAGAGGGGACCCUCUGGUGGGCUGCUACAGAGCCAUUCAGCUCCUUCCUCUCAAGAAGACAAGUCUGACUUGAAUCCACAGGAUGACUGUAGAUCCAAGAGUCCCUUAGGUGAUUCUUCUUUCAAAGAAAGCUCUAGCCUUGCUCGGAUCCCUCAAAGAACUAAUGUCCUAGACAGGUCUGCUCCGGUAUCCACAGAAAUGACUGCCCUCAUCCAGCAGCCGAGCACCAAACCCUACAAGUGUCACCAGUGCGAGCAGAGUUUUACCGCUCCGGCCGGUUUGUCUCAUCACCAGAUCAGCCACACGAAGGAACGAUUGCUGAAGUGCCCAGAAUGUGGGCAGGGCUUCCCAGAAAGGAGGGCUCUGAUCCAGCACCAGAUGGAACACACGGUGGAAAAAGACAGGGGGCCCCGUCAACCACCAUCCCCAAAACAGAACUGUAGCAAGGACAGGGAGAGCCCAGAAUUUGGGGAGAGCUUCACAGGGAUCUCAGCCAUCCUUUUUCGGAGAGGGAACCAUAUCUCUGAAAGGAGCACGUUACAGCGGUCCAAGGACCAUGGAGCUGAUGGGAAGCAGAGCUUGGAGACCACAGAGCCCUACUUUAACCUUGACUUGAGUAAACCUCCCCGCACUGGCAGUGUGUUGGCCCAGCACCACAUACAGCCAGAGAAGGGCAGAUACCUUGUGUGUUCUGAGCCCAGGAAGAUUUCCAGAAAUAGUUCCCUUUUGCUGCACCAUCUCCAGAACCACACGGCGGAGAAACCUUGAUGCCCCAGAAUUGCAGGUCAUGUCAGUAUGACCUGUGAUGUGGCCCAUGUUGAUGCUCUCCCUCCCAAUGCACAAGGCCUAUUGAGCGGUGGGCCAGUUGAUGUAAUGUGGCUUUUAAAGUCUGUCAACCAGGGGAAAGUUACUGGCUAGGAAUUGUGGGAAUUGUAGCUCCAGAGGGCAGCAGGUUGGGGAAGGUGACUCCCGAUGGAGAUAAGACAUGGACAUUAUUCUAUGGGUGGGGUGUGGAGAUGAAACAACUGAAAAAGAGUGUGUUGCUGGCAGAUGGUGCAGGAUGGGAAACCCUUAUUUCUCUAUCUACAAAACAGCAAGUUGUCCUGCCAAAAUGUUUUCCUUUCUCUCCUUUCUUGCUUUCUUUCUCUUCCUUUCUCUCGUUUCUACUUCUCUUCUAAAAAAAAGACAACAAGCUCAAGAAUGGCGUGAACUCAAGUUUCUGUAAUCUGUAAUUGGUGAAUGGAAGCUGAAAUGUCUUGAAUUGUGGUUCAUCAUCAGUUUAGAGCAGUGUUUUUCAAACUUGGCUAU